AUGUCGACCCUCACCUACAAGGACGCGCUCAACGAGCUCGACGAUCGACGCAUCAAGUCCAUCAAGCCUCUUAUCCCACCUCAGAUCCUCGUCGAGGAAUACCCUCUCUCGCUCGCCGCCGCACAGACCGUAGCUUCCGGUCGCAAGGCCACCGAAGAGAUUGUCAAGCAGGAGGAUGAUCGUCUGCUCGUCGUAGUCGGACCCUGUUCGAUCCAUGAUGUUCGAUCCGGGCUCGAGUACGCACGCAAGUUGGCCGCUUACGCCAAGAGUGCCAAGGAGGAUCUGCACAUCGUGAUGCGCGUGUACUUUGAAAAGCCACGCACAACAGUUGGCUGGAAAGGUCUGAUUAACGAUCCCAACCUCAACGGCUCCUUCCAGAUCAACAAGGGACUUCGUCUCGCGCGAGGCUUCCUGCUCGAAGUCAACAACCUCGGACUCCCCGCCGGAACCGAGUUCCUCGACACCAUCUCGCCGCAGUACACCGCCGACCUCAUCUCCUGGGGAGCCAUCGGUGCACGCACCACCGAGUCCCAAGUUCACCGCGAACUCUCCUCCGGCCUCUCGAUGCCCAUCGGCUUCAAGAACGGCACCGACGGCUCCAUCUCCAUCGCCGUCGACGCCAUCAAAGCCGCCUCGUCCGAACACGUCUUCCUCUCCGUCACCAAACAGGGCAUCUCGGCCAUCGUCGAGACCAACGGCAACGACGCCUGCCACGUCAUCCUGCGCGGCGCCAACACCGGUCCCAACUACUCGCCCGAAGACGUCGCCUCGGUCUCAUCCAAACUCACCUCCUCCUCCCUACCGGCGAGGAUCAUGAUCGACUGCUCGCACGGCAACUCGGAAAAGAAGCACGAGAACCAACUCCGCGUUGUCCAGUCUAUUUCCCAACAACUCUCCUCUGGCUCUCCGGACUCGUGCAACAUCUUCGGCGUCAUGAUCGAGUCGAACCUCGUACAGGGCAAACAGUCCAUCCCCGCCGCUGGGCCUACCGCGCUCAAGUACGGUCAGAGCAUCACAGACGCCUGCAUCGACUGGGACAGCACCGUCCACGCCCUCGACAUCCUCCGCGAGGGCGUGAGGAAUCGAAGGGACAGCACCGAAGCCAAAAAGUUCUUCAAGGCGAGGUUGAGUAGGAGCAGCAGCAGCGAGGGCGUCAACGACCACUUUUUGAGGCAGAACGGCAGCGGCGGGUUCAACGACGAUGCCCUCGCGACGUUGGGUAAGAAGUGA